UGCCAGACGACCAUGUGGAGCAGCAAGAUGGCGGCGCGGUGGAGGGGAAAAGACGGGGAUUUAAAUGCCGACAACAGCGACUUUCUGCUCAGCAACACCCCUAACGAGUUGGUCCUGAGCAGAGGUGAUGUUGAAGGUGUGAACAUGGACGCACAGUCUUGUACCGAUCAUUCCAUCUUGGCCAUUUUUGAGGACUCCACAGUCGCAUCAGAGGGUAAGAGUGGAGUGGAGGAAGAGAGUGAGACCCUGCUGUCGGCCCUGUCUGAGAUGCUGGACAGUGUGGAGGAUGACGACGGGUCUCCCUUUGAUGUUCUACCAGACACUAAGUUCCUGAACCACCCACAGUGCAGGGACAACUCAGUGGCAAUUUCACUUAGUGACAGACUGAGGCCAAGACCCAAAUCACCAAAUGUAACAUUCACUAUAAAGAGGGAUGAAGAGAAGGAAAAGGACAACAGAAGCGAGAGAGGCAGCCUCCCACAGCUGUUCACACAACAAACUCAAACAUUGUUUCACUCCCAAACUAAGAAAGCAGAGAAUGAAGUCGAGGUCUUCACCUCGACUUCUCUCGUCAACCUGGUCCGGCUCAUGCACUCCUACUGUCUGAAGCUGCAUGUGGAGGAGGGAGAUAAACCGGGGAAAAACCGCACAUUAUUCUCCCAGGAGGAGGUGUGGAGGUAUGAGAGGCCCACCGAAGAGAGCGAUGAAGAGAUAAAUGUCGUAUCUGAUGAUGAGGAACCCGUGAAAAAGACAAAGGGGGAAGAAGAGGGAGAUGAAAAAAGAGAUGAUGGUAAACUCCUGAAGAGUGUGUUGCUGAAUGGAAACUCCCCCAGAGCACCACCAUGCAGAGAGAAGAAAAGAGUGAGCUUUGGCCCCGUUCAAGUGGCUUCAUUUAACCAAUCAGUGGAAAAGGCACUGAACGAGAAAAAUCUAACAAGUGAGACUGUGCCAGCUCCACUGUCCAGCACAAAGGCACUUGGAAAUCCAGCUGGGUCAGCACUUGAACCCCAGACAACACCGUCCUCAGGAACGAACAGCGACUUGUCUGAUGCUCUGCCGUCUAAAGGUGAGACAAAGGUCAAAUCACUCAGCCUCCAACAGUACAGACAGCUGCGCCAGAAGAGACAGCCCCUGGUGGAGAAACAGGGGAACUACACAACCAAGUGGCCCUCUGUUUCUGAGCCCCCCAAGGAGUUGCCCCCCAUCCUCUGUUCACAGGGACAUAGACAAAAUAGCUGCGAACCAAAGACAGCACACCCCUGUUUAAACCAUACCAGAGUCAGUACUGAUCAUCUCCAGAAGCCUGGUUCCAAGGCUGCAUCCCAUCGUGCCUCUCCACCACAGAGGCCUAGUCCCUCAAAGGCAAAAUCAUCCACUCAUCUACGCUGCAGCGGACUGAAGCGCCCAAGAACCGAAUCCAAAACCAUCUCACCUGCUGGUCCUCUGCCAGACGUCACAACUAACCCAAGCGUGAAUGCGCCUGAAAGCAAAAACAGUCCAGUAAAGAAGCUGACGUUGCUUAGUAGCGAUCCCCCGAAUCCUGUCCUCGUCCCCCUGCCACUCAGCCAAACAGCGUCACCGUCCACCGCCCACUCCUCAUCAAAGUCUAAAGUGGAGUUCAUCAGCAUAGACUCCGACCUCCAGAGCACCACCCACUCAGAAGAAAUCCAACAUGAAUCCUCAGCAGCAUCUCCUCAAAGACAGACAUCCUCCUCCGAGCCAAAGCCCCACGUGUUGUUAGUAAACCAGGACGGCGCCGCCCUGCUUCAGGAAAUGAAAAACAAGUUUACCAAGAUAGCGUCAGAUGUCUACUCUAGAUCUCCCGCACUUUGUCCUGCCCCAACACGACCUGAAUCUGCCUCAGAGUACAAUAAACCACAGCCACAAAAAUACAGUGCGAGCCCAACAGAAGGAACCGAGCUGGAACCAAAGCUUCCUCAGUCAGCAGGUCCGGAUCCAGUGCGGCGUAUAAAGUGUCCCUCCCCCACGCCGUGCUCUACUCAGCCACCUUCUCCCGUAGAUGCUCCAGAGGUUCCCCCAAGUAUAUGUUCUCCGCAGGAACCACGGCCCUCUCUUCAGGUUGGCUGUGGAGGGCAGACUGCGACAUCUGACUCUGGGAUUGAAGCCCCUGAUCUGACCAGCCUGCUGGAACAGUUUGAGGAAACACAAGCCAAAGAGGAGAGAGUCAGCGAUCCCAAUCUCGUCAGUGCUGCUCCACCUUCAAACCUACAAACAGACGGACACAUGGCGCUGGACAGAAAUCAGGCCGCAGGAUCAGAAAAGACCUGCGGAUUACCGCCGACCCCAUCCUCUGUGGAACCAGUCGAACGUUUAGGCAUUUCAGAAUCACCCGGGACUCUGAAAACCCUCAGGGAGCCCGUGGACAUCCCCGAGCCCCUGGGCACUGAAAUCAUCCUCAGCACUCAGCAAGAGCAGCCUGCAAGACGCAAAAAUCCCCCAUCCAAGGCCAUUCAGAUCAUCGACCCCCGGCCUCUACCGUCCAAGAAGACUCACAUCGGCCCUUCAGAGCCCCCCGCUGCUCACACCUCUCCUCACAUGUUCUCAUCUGUAUCCUGCGAUCACGAUUACUGUGGGCCUGUGGAUCAUUCACUUACAAGUGCUACUGAGCGUAGCAGAGCUAAGCCCUCUUUACUCAAGGAUUUUUCUAAACUUACUAAUGAAUUUCAAGUGGCUUCUCUCGACUCAAGUGCUGCUGCUGAAUGGAAAACACAGACCUCGACAGGACAUACAAAGUCUGAGUCGCAGCAUCACUCUGAGCAACCCAGGACCAGAUCAGAGACGAACCCACCCGCGGACAAAGCUCUGCAGUUUUCGGGCUGCCGUGCUGCCUCAGGAGAUGUUGGUGGAGGUGAAGACAAAACAGCCCCCUGCACUCUCCCCACACCUCCACCCAGCCCUCCUGUCAGGGGGAGGCAGAAGAGGAGAUACCGGAGGGGAUCCCCUCUUUCUGACUCCAGCUCCAGCUCUCGUUGCUCCUCCUCUUCGUCUUCCUCCUCCAGCUCUGCGUCUCGCUCUCCAAAAAGACAGAAGCUCCAUCACAGGCGUUCAGAGAGCAGUUCGUGUUCAUCGUCCCCCUGUCGCUCUAUUUCCCGCUCCCCACCUCGGCGCUACAGGCUGUCUUACUCCAGAUCGAGAUGCAGCAGGUCAAGAUCCAGAUCUUGGUCCCAGUCCAGGUCUCCAUCCAGAUCCCGAUCACCAUCCCCACGGAUUUGCCAAAGGCAGUGGACAGAUGUUUACAGCAGCAGAGAGUCCAGGAAGCUCAGGAGGGAGCACGAGAUAAGGAUUCAGAAACUUAAAGCCAUAGAUGAGCGCAGGGUGGUGUACGUCGGACGCAUCCGCAGUUCUAUGACACACGAUGAACUGAGAGAGCGCUUCACUCAGUUCGGAGAUGUUGAGUGUGUGUCGCUCCACUUCAGAGACAGAGGCGACCACUACGGCUUUGUCACUUUCUACAACAUGGAAGAUGCUUUCGCUGCUAUUGAUAACGGCGGAAAACUACGGAAGCCUGAUGAGCUGCCGUUUGACAUCUGCUUCGGUGGUAGACGACAGUUCUGCAAUUCAAACUACUCUGAUCUAGAUGCGAACAGAGAUGCAGACCCGCCUCCUCCCAAGAGCAGGUUUGAGGACCUGGACUUUGAUUCGUUGCUGAAACAGGCCCAGAGAGGAUUAAAGAGGUAGCAGAGCGCCGACCUGGAUGUGGCAACGACAGAGUUUUUUAUUUUCUUCACAAACCUCAGAGCUUUUUGCUCACACUUAUGUAGCAAACCUUUGUAUGUUAGUGGUUUUUUUUUCAUGUUUUCACUCAAAUAUGCAUGCAGUUUUUAUGUGUGCAGUAAAUAUGAACAAAUAUGUGGCACUCUCAAAUUGAAAACAUGUUAUUAAUGGAACCGUUAAAAGAUUUUUGUUGCAUUCCAUAACACUGAUAAAGUUUUGUAUAUGUAAAAAAAAUAAAAAUAAAUGCUGAUCA